AUGCUUGCCAUUGGCGGGCUCGUCCCCUCUCCCACAAUCGACCUUUCCUCGCCCACAAGGAACAGGUCCAAGACCACCUCUCGCAUUGCCUCAGCCACAAGCACCACCGCCGUCGCCGAUGCCCCCAGUCCCGCGCUCACCCGCACCGCCGUAGCGCUCGAGUAUGCCGCCCUCCUCCACGCCGGACAUUGCCCGCUCGGCAUGUAUGUCACGCCCUCGCCCGACAACCUCCUCGUCUGGGACGCCGUCUUCUUCGUCCACCAGGGAUACUACACGGACUCUAUACUCAAAUUCCGCCUCACCUUCCCUCCAACGUACCCCGAUCGCCCGCCCGCUGUCCACUUUCUGACAGAUGUGUUUCACCCUCUCGUAUCUCAGCAGGGUGGCACCUUUAACCUCGCGCCGCGCUUUCGGCCGUGGAGACCAAAGGAACACCACGUAUUUGACGUGCUGCACUGGAUAAAAGCGGCAUUCAAGAAGCAUGCACUGGACGAGGUGAAAGAGGCGGACUGUCUCAACAAGGAAGCCUACAGAUAUCACGACACGACGUCAUCGUUUGCCGCGCUCGCCACCCAGUCGUCGAUGCUCUCGCAGUCCGCAUCCGCGCUAUUCGACCGCGACCACCCUUCCAUGGCAGGCAAAGGUACGCACAGCAUCCAGUUCCGCGAGCUCAAACCAGAGCAGCUCGCCACUCUCCGUGCUCGGGUUGGGCUGAAGGAGUGGGAUGACACCGUCUGA